AUGGAAGUGCUGCAUAUGAGUUUUCAUAUGGACGAGGUUGGGAAGAAGAGGGUGUAUGAUCAUCCGGCUACUUAUGAGGAGAUGAGGGUACCUGGCGGGCCUGAGCUUGAGUCUUUUCCAGAGUUUAUCUCUGGCACUGCUGCGAAAAAGGUCAAGAGUACUCCUCAGGCUGGUUCUUCUGCUAUGGGAGCUCUUGAAUCUCUUGGAGAUCAACAGUACCACGCCGGCCCUUCUUCUCUCGGCGCAUACUACCCCCCCAACCCCGUGCACCCUUAUAACCAACCCGGACAGCCUCAACAACCACUCGCUGGUCCAAACUCGCACCACUGGACCAGCCUCCUCUACCCGUCAACUAGCGUGCACCCUCACACUGUACCUGCUAUGCCUGCCCAGUCACCUGUUUUUGGCUACCAUCGCCCGGUUCCAACACAAGCUCGUCAACAGCUGCCACCCUCCAUGACCGGCGGUCAUACUCUGCAACGAGCACAGUCUCAUGGGCAACUCGACGCCAAUCUCCCACCUGUUGUUUCGGCGGCGGCGGCACAGCAUCAGAUGAUGGUACCUUCCGAUUUCGAGGAGGGAUUCGGAGGCCCGCGCACGAGACGGUUGUCUCGCCAAGAAGCAAGAGAUAAGGACAGGCGCUUCAGCGAAAAGUACCAGCAAAUGUCACAAUUGCAGCAGCUAUACCCUGAUUUUACACCUGGUCAGCCAAGUUACAGCGGAUUACCAAACCAUAUUCAACCUGGCUUUGGUAGCCGUCUCGUCGUUCACCAGGAUCUAUACGGUGCUGUCCAAGCUGGGAACAUUCACGGCCCCUCCAAUGCCAAUCAACGUAUCUACGGCGGCAGAUCCGCCCAAGUCGGCAGCAACGACGCAGUUCAUCUCAGCCAGGAAGGCUCCGCCCAAGCUGGAAGCAGUAUCAAUACAGCUUAUGAUCUUGAGACUCUCUAUGACGGUAGUUUUGUCCAUGCUGGAGGCAGCAACACUACAGAUGAUGCCGGCCAGGAUCAGUACCUCGGCAGCAGCUAUCCUCAAGUGAACCCAUUUGCCAACCAGAAUCUCCACAGGGGCAGCUCUUCUUCUCAAAUUGGCAUCAACAACAACGUACCUUUUGAGAGCCAGAGCCUCUAUGGGGGUAGCGCUACCCAUACUGGGAACGACAAUACAGCUUCAUACACUUUGCAUGCCUUGCCUGGACCUUCGUCUGGAAUGUGCCAACCUGCUCCAGGAGCCGAAUACCAAGACAUCUCGCCAAUCACCAACUUCACAUCCAAUGUCGAUUCAAUCCCAUCACCACCUCCUCUCACCCCUUCUUCUUCUUCCAGCGGAGCCAAUAUACCACAGCAACAUCGAAACCUCACUCCGGAAGAGAUGAGCAAUUUACUGCGUUGUAUCGACAUGAGCCCUAGCGCUACCGCAGAAGAGAUGUUCCAAACGAUCGAUAGUCCGGAGGUUUGUAUGAACCCCAGAGCAGUUCAGCAUAGCUACCCGUACGGUGUCGCACGUCCCAGUGUCAACUUUGGAAUACAACAUCCACCGGGUCUUCUCUCUGUCGCUCCGGCGGGGCAUGAUAUCGUCCAGCAGAGGAAUGUGCUGGAAGGUCAUAUUGACCCCAGGCUGGUUCAGCAGACUUGCGACAUUAUUGCACAAGGCAUUUCCAACUUUGGAUCACACCAGCCGAACUUACCCGAUGCUACCGCAGGACAGCACCUUCCCCAACAACAGCCCAUGGCCAACCCCGAGGGCUGCAUGGACCCUAGAGACAUGCACCUUAGCUACUCCGAUGGCGUACACGGUGCUCCUGAGUUUGGACCACCUCCGUUUGACCUUGAGUCACUCGUCGUUCCACAUGACGACGGUUGUCUCAAAGGAGAUGAUGAGGGGAGUUGUUCUGUUGCAGCUGACCCUGAUGCUGGACUUCCGUUGUGGCAAUGA